AUGUCGAGCAAAAAAAGGAAGUGGUCAGACGAAUAUGUGCAGUAUGGAUUCACGUGUAUAACGGAACAUGAUGGGAGUCAGCGUCCUCAAUGCAUGAUUUGCAAUGCCAAGUUGAGCAAUUCUAGUCUGGCACAGGCAAAACUAAGGGAACACUUCAUAAAGCUACAUGGAGAUGGGAAAUACAAGAACGCAAUGCUUGCUGAAUUCAAUGUGAAGAGAGCCAGAUUCAAUGAAAAGGCUACUCUGCAUGUUUUCGGCUUUGUACCCAUAGACAAACCAGUCUUAACAGCAUCAUACGAAGUUGCGUACCUGAUUGCAAAGCAGGACAAACCACACACCAUUGGUGAAACACUCAUAAAACCAGCUGCGUCGAAGAUGGCGAAUAUCAUGCUGGGAAAAGCUGCUGAAAAUAAGUUGUCCCAAAUUCCUCUUUCAAAUGACACCAUCAGCAGCAGAAUAGAUGACAUGAGCAAUGACAUAUUGGCUCAAGUAGUUGCAGAUCUGAUUUCAAGCCCAGCAAAAUUCAGCCUCCAACUAGACGAGACCACCGAUGUUUCCACUCUAUGCCAGCUUGCUGUGUUUGUGCGCUAUGUGAAAGAUGACAUGAUAAAGGAAGACUUUUUAUUUUGUAGGCCUCUCACAACAACAACUAAAGCAGCCGACGUGAAAAAACUUGUGGAUGACUUCUUCAGAGACAACAAUCUUUCGUGGGAUAUGGUUUCUGUAGUUUGUUCGGACGGAGCUCCAGUCAUGCUGGGACAAAAAUCUGGUUUCAGUUCGCUGGUGAAAGCAGAUGCACCACACAUCAUUGUUACGCACUGUGUUCUGCACAGGCAUGCAUUGGCAACAAAAACCUUGUCUCCAAAACUCACAGAAGUAUUAAAAAUUGUAGUGGAAUGUGUGAACUAUGUGCGAAAUAGUGCUCUGAAGCACCGCAUCUUCAAAGAACUGUGUAAUGAAAUGGGGUCUGAAUUCGAAAUGCUUCUGUACCAUUCAAACAUUCGCUGGUUAUCCCGGGGAAAGGUGAUGAAUCGUGUUUUUGCCAUGAGUGUGGAAUUUGCCCUGUUUAUGCGAGAGCACAAACAUUGUCAUGCAGAUUACUUUGAAAAUUCUGAGUUCAUUCUUAUUUUGGCGUACAUGGCCGAUAUCUUCGAUGCUCUCAAUCAUCUCAAUCAACAGAUGCAGGGCGGUGGAGUCAACAUCAUCGAAGCGGAAGAAAAUUUGAGGGCUUUUCGAAAAAAGCUACCGUUAUGGAAACAACGAACAGAGAAUGAUAACUUUGCAAACUUUUCCCUGCUGGAUGACUGUAUAAAUAAGAUUGAAGACGUGUCCGGUAUCGGAGACAUUUCUAUACCCGGGGAACUGAAGCAAGCAAUUGCCAUGCACUUAGAUGAGCUCGCAAAGUCUCUCGACGGAUACUUCCCCACCAGAGAGUCAUAUCCAGCAUGGGUGAGACAGCCGUUCACGUUUAGUGUUGCGACAGCAGAUGUCAAUGAUGAAUACCUGGACGAAAUCACUGAACUGCAGCAGAGCCAGGUUCAACAGCAACUCUUCAGAACAACAACGCUCUCAACAUUUUGGUGUCACCAAAUCGUAGCGUACCCUCUUAUUGCUAAGAAAGCCCUCGAGAUACUCAUACCAUUUGUUACAACAUAUCUUUGCGAGCAGUCCUUUUCGAGGAUGGUAGACAUAAAAACGAAGAAAAGGAACAGACUUUGUUGCGAUAAAGAUAUGAGAGUGGCACUUGCCAAGGUGAAGCCGCCCAUUUCUGAAAUGGUCUCUGAGAGGCAACAGCAAAAGUCACAUUGA